UCUCUUCAUCUUUGCAAAGUUACUGCACCAUGGCAGGCCAACACUUUCCUCAGUGGAUGGUCAGAGCUCACUGCCGGAAAAUGCAAAAACCUCCAAAGAACAUUGAAGAAUUCUUAAAGUUUCAAAAUUGGGAUUAUUGGCCAAGGGAAAUCCAUUUUGGAGAUAGUGAUGAAUGGUUACACACUGUGAAGAAAAUAAAAGAAGAUAGUUCAUUUACUUCAAUUUAUACACAUCUGUGGGAAACUGUCCCUCAAAAACAUGAUGCACUCAUGGCCAUGGAGUCAAGAUUAGGGGAAUGUUCAGUCCUUUUGAAAAGCCAUGCCUCUAAAAUAUUUGAGUGGAGGAACAUAAUUUUUGAUACAAGUUCUAAAGGAAAUUUGGAAAGAUACAAGGCAUUUCUAAGGAAGUACCAUAGGAGAAAGAAGAUAAUGCUUUCAGAUGAAAUGGAGACAAAGAAGACUGUAGAGGGUUGCAUCUUCUCAGGAUUCAAAACAAAUGAGCUUACUCAACUACCCAGACAUUUGGAUGCUGAACGAAUUUAUCUUUUUAUUUUAAAAGCCCAUAACUUUGAUGAAAAGGUUUUCAAAAUCUGGAAGACCCAUUUUCUCUCAGAAGCCUCUAUUGCCCUUUUACAUGAUUCCUUUUGGUGGUGGUUUCUGCAUAAAUUUAAGCCUGACAGAGAAAAUCAAGAUUCCUUGUUCGACAGAAUUUCAGAAAGCUAUGUGAUACUUUUCAUGAGCAUCCCUACAAGUCGAAAAGAUGCAUUCCUUCAGGUGUAUCCUGACUGUUUGGCACAGGCCAUCUAUGCAACAUUCCAGGAAGCAUUUCCAGAAUCGAGUAAUUUUUUUAAUGAUGAAUUUAAAGAGGAUCUGGGCAAUAAUAUUUUUCUCUGGUUGUCAGGUUUAAAACCUCAAAAAGGCUUUUGGACUCACUGGAAACUAGAAGAGCUCACCACAACAACCAUACAUGGUACUAAGAAAGCACCUUCAACAUCUAUAAAGGACAGGAUUGAAAGGAGUCAAACACGUAUAAUGGCUGCUAUAGACUUCAAUAUGACAAAAAUUUUAAAGAACCCAAGAGCACAUACAAUGCCCACAUUCAAGGAAGAAUCAAGUGUAUCAAGACUAACAACAAAGUCCCAUUAUAUUAGCACUGGUCCAGAAUUUAACCGUGUGCUCUUCAAUUUUGGAGGUCAGAGUCCACUGAUUUUAUAUUACCUUAAGAUGCAUGAGUUAGCUGGUAUUUCCAAAGCCCCUAGACAAACCAAGAUUAAACUUACUGAAAUAUCGCAAGAACCAUCACCUGCUCCAACUUACCGUGAUAUUAUAAAGGAGGCAAAAAGACAAUUUGCAAGGAACCAAAAGGAAUUUCGGAUACUCCAGGCAAAGGCUACCAAAAAACCUUACGAAGUUAAGAGUGACUUUGAGAAUUUCCUCCAUAAACUGCGUUCUGAAGCUCGAACCAAGAAAGAGUUUCUGGCAUCACUCUCAUCAUCAUCAUCAACAGAAGACUACAAUUAUGAAGAAGAAGAAAGUCAAGAGAAACCAGAAAUGAACUGUGUUUAA